AUGAAAAUCCCACGCAUCACGAGCUUGUUCUGGCCCUUCUCCAUGCUGCUACUAUCUGACCAAAGUAGAAUGUCUGAAGCAGAAGUCAAAUACAAUUUCACUGAAAAGAAUUAUUCUUUGAUUCCAGCUGGUAUCAAUAAUGUUACCAUCCUUGAUCUCAGUUAUAACCAGAUCACGCUGAAUGUUUCAGACAUAAGGGUGUUACAGAUGUAUUCUUUACUCACAGAGCUCUACUUGAUUGAGAAUGAUAUCACUGUCUUAUACAAUAAUAGUUUCAGUAAUUUAUCCAACCUAGAACUUUUAAAUAUCUGUAGAAAUUCUAUCAGCAUAAUUCAACAGGAUGCAUUUGUAGGCUUAAAUAAACUAAAACAGUUACAUCUUUGCCAAAAUGAAAUACUACAACUAAAUCCUGACAUGUUUGUGCCGCUAAACAACCUGAAAGUUCUGAACCUGAAAGGCAAUUUGAUAAGCUACUUUGAUGGACCACAACUCCUUCAUCUGGAAUUAAUAAUCUUAUAUGGAAACCCAUGGAAUUGCACUUGUCGUCUGUUCAACCUGCAGAACUGGUUGAAUACAUCAAAUGUGACGCUAGAAAAUGAAAAUAUUACCAUGUGUCACUAUCCAUAUGACCUAAAGCACUACAGCAUCAAAACAGCACCCUUCACCACUGAAUGCCAUCCAAAAUCUAUUUCACCUAUAACUGAAGAUCUUUAUACUCAUUUUCAAUCCAAUUCAACAUUCAGUAGCUCUUUAAACAACGCAACACAAAGUUCAGAACAUGAGCCUCUUGGAAAAAGUUGGGCUUUCCUUGUUGGUGUCGUCCUAACUGUACUGCUAACAUCAUUCCUCAUCUUUCUUGCUAUCAAAUGCCCAAUAUGGUAUAAUUUUCUGCUUAGCUACAGUCAUCACCGCCUGGAAGAGCAUGAAGCAGAAACCUAUGAAAACGGUCUUGCUAGAAAUCCAGGUUCUCUUUCACAAAUAACAGACACAAACUCUGAAGACACUACAGUAAUAUUUGAACGCUUGCAUUCAUUUGUCGUAGAUGAAGAUGGGUUCAUUGAAGACAAGUAUAUAGACAUCCAUGAACUAUGUGAAGAAAAAUAA